GGGAGUUUCAUGGCCGACAACAAACACGAUGUCGCAUUUAUUGCGAUUGAAAAGAUCGCUCGUUUUUCUUAUUGACAUUAACAGAAGAGCGUCCUUGAAUGAAAUUUUGUUAAGAGAAAGGGGGGACAUUACCACAUGCCCCAAACAUACAUCACUUCAAUGUGUGUCAGGUAAGUGCUACAGUGGCACGCCAACUUUACUCUCCAAUGGGUCUGCGAGGGUCAAGUUUACUGCUACUCGUGCAGGUCGACCAAAGUGGAAGAAGAGGAAAUCUGCCAUUUCGAAAGUCAAGGUGGAAAGAGAUCUUUUCAGUGUUCUCAACAUGCGCACCACCCAGCUAGCCCUGGGAGCCAUGAUGCAAGAAGAAGGGGAAACAACCAAGGACUCGCCAGAUGCCAUUUUGGUAGUGCCAAGAUCCUUAAAGUUCUUGCGAGAGACACAAAACCUAGAGCUUUCAAAACCAUUUCCAUAUCGAAAAAAACAAAGUAAGAAAUUCCAUGGUGAUAGGACAGGAGUCUCUCACAGGGAGCGUUCUCCUGAUGUGGACAGGGAAUAUCAGGGGGAAGAACAUUGGCGUUCUUCUUUUGAGGUGUUCCAAAAUCAGUUUUUCAUGAAAAGGAAGGAACAGGAUGUUUCUCAGUCAUUGAGUGAGGAUAGGUCGGAAGCGUUUUUGCACUCCAGGGACAGAAAACACAAAGACCCCCACAAACCCCCUCACCCAGGGCCACCUAUAUUGCAGGAAUAUGGUUCUGAGAAGACGGAUAAAAAACACCAUGAGCGUGGUGCUUCUGAGUUGGACUCCUUCAGGUCUAGUCUUUCAGGUACAGAGGAUGCCGAAUCUUUUGCCAAAUAUACUGAUUUUGUUGAUGAGGAUGGGAUGAUGUUCCGAGGAUCCCAUGUUCGGGACGAACUUGAAUCGUUUCCCGAUAUUCCUGAGGAAAUACUUGAUGCUGUGAUAGCCAGGCACAUAUCUGAACAUGAGUAUGACGAGCACAGCGAGGCGCAGGACAUAAAACGCGUGACGGGCGCUGAGAAGUUACACAAACAGUUAUUGGGUGAAAGAGAUCCCACAGUGACUAAACAUUCCGCUGCAAGCAGUGCCCCCAAGACAGGCAAGAAGCUGGAGUAUGGCAGCCCCUUUGCUAAUGUUUCAGCUCUCAGGACUAAGUCUUUAAACCCGGAUGUCAAACAUUACAUGGAGGCGUGUUUUGCUGCGGGAAUGCUGGACCAGGCACACUCGGCCAUCUUGUAUUACCAGUUCAUGAUGAAGUCCAACCCUACCAACCCUGCCAUGCAGCACAUCCUGGACAUUGACACCUACAACUUGAUGAUCAGCGCUUGGGCCAAACAGGGCAACAUGGCUAAGAUCAAGGACCUGUUCGCCUUCAUAAAGAAGGACGGCCUGGAGCCGACCCUGCAGACCUACGUGGCGUGCCUGGAGUGUCUGUAUCACCAGAAGGACCUGGACAUGGCUCUGUGUAGAAGUAUUAUUGACGACCUGGAGACACAGGGCCUAGAGCUGGAGAACAUCCUCAACGAGUGCAAGCUGAAGAAGGAGGAGUUUGAUGCAGUCAUGCAGGUGGUUCUCCAGGUGAGACAGGGGUUCACGCCCCGGCCCCGGCCAGACUUUGAGCCGUACAACGGACCCCUCUUGGAGCCCCUCAACCAACCCAGUGAUCAGGUGGUGGAACACAACCCCUAUGCCGGAGUUGUGUCCCCUGACAGGUUCUCCCGGCAGAUCGGGGCCCAGCUGGAGCGUGAGCUGAAGGGCACAGUCACUGUCAAGUCCAUCGCCUCCCGACCCAACGUGACCAAGAAGAUGAAGGACUAUCGGAAGAAACUGGAUGCUGUGCGGAGUCUGUGGAGGGAUAUGUUCAAGAAGGGCCUGGACAAAAAGAUACGCUACCUGACACGCAAGUCCAAAGGUACACAUGGGGUGUCCCUCCUGCCAUAUCUUAGGCUGCUGCCCCCCGAUGAGUAUGUCGACUGUGUGUUCACUGAGAUGGAUAAGAUCGCGAUGUUCGCGGAGUCGUUCAGUCCCAGCAUGGGGAUCCUGUCGAAACAGCUGGGCUACAGCAUCUACAACAGCUUCAUCAGACACCAGAACACCAAGAGCAGGGCCGACCAGAAGAUUGCCCAGCUCUACCGGCAGUAUGCAAAGUACUACAAUGACAAGGACUUCCCCUUCUCCAACCACAGGGAGUGCUGGCACCACAUCAUCACCAAGGAGGGCAUGUGGUCAGCACUGGAUGUUCCCACAAAGCCCUGGCCAGACCACAUCAUGAAGGCAAUCGGGAAGACCCUGUUCGAUGUCAUCCUGUAUGAUAUGAAGAUAGAUUCUAAUUUGUUCAGGAAUACAAAUGAAAGGAAGAUGGUGCCAGCCUUCUACUCCGUGUACAGGACCUACGGGCACCGAAUGAUUGAAGAACUGAAACCAAACCCGACCUUAGUGCGUAUCUAUCAAGGCGCUGACCUCGACGAAAUGACCUUUGACACCAGUGACCUCCCAAUGCUGGUUCCACCUAUCCCCUGGGUGUCAAUGAAUCAUGGGGGAUUUCUGCUGGGGUCAGUCCAACUUGUGCGGCGCCCUGACCACUUGAGUAGGCACUCAGACCGCCUACAGAACACCCCUGUCAGCAAGAUCCAGGCCGUGCUGGACUCACUCAACAACCUCGGGGCGUGUGCCUGGAUCAUCAACAAGCCUAUGCUGGACCUGAUCACGGACAUCUUCAAGAACAAGGGCAACCAGGACCUGGACAUCCCUCCCCCUGUGUCCGAGUGUCCCCCCAUGCCUAAACUUACACAAAAUAUGUCUCCCCAGGAAAAGUCAAAGAUUUUCAUGGAAAGGAUGAAGAUUAGACAGCAGAGGAGUGAAGCUCAUGGACUGUGGUGUACGGAGCUGUACAAACUGUCUAUAUCCAACCAGUUUCGAGAUGAGAUGUUUUGGUUCCCUCACAACAUGGACUUCCGUGGCCGGACCUACCCCUGUCCACCUCACUUGAACCACCUGGGGAGUGACGUAGCUCGGAGUAUUCUGUUGUUUGCGAAGGGUAAACCCCUGGGUGACCACGGCUUGGACUGGUUGAAGAUUCACCUCAUCAACCUCACAGGCUUCAAGAAGAGAUCCUCCAACAAAGACAGACUGGCUUAUGCCAAUGAAAUGAUGCCGGAGAUCUUGGACUCUGCAGACAAUCCAAUGACGGGGAACAAGUGGUGGCAGGGAUCUGACGAGGGGUGGCAGACCCUGGCAUGCUGCAAGGAGAUCGCUAACAUCGUCCGCUCGCCUGACCCCGCGCAGUACAUCUGUCACCUGCCAGUGCAUCAGGAUGGUUCCUGUAACGGCCUGCAGCAUUACGCCGCGCUCGGGCGUGACCAGUCGGGUGCGGAGUCUGUCAACCUGUGCCCCUUUGAUGAGCCCCGGGAUGUGUACAGCGAUGUGGCUGAGCUGGUGGAGCAGGUGAGGCAGCGGGAUGCCGCGGAGGGACACGAGAUAGCCAAGUUGCUGGAGGGAUUCGUCAGACGAAAGGUCAUCAAGCAGACCGUGAUGACGACAGUGUAUGGUGUCACCAAGUACGGCGCCAAGUACCAGAUCCAGCGCAAACUAAAGGAUAUCCCAGAAUUCCCCCAGGAGGAAGUGUGGAAAGCUAGUUCCUACCUAACCGAGAAGACCUUCCAGUGCCUUAGGGAAAAAUUCACAGCAACAAGAGAAAUCCAGGACUGGCUGACACUGAGUGCACAGCUCAUCUCCACGAUCCGCCACAAGCCGGUGGAGUGGGUCACCCCCAUGGGUUUGUUGGUCAUACAACCCUACCACAAACAACUGACCUUCAGCAGACUCGGCAUGAACAUCAUUGACUCCUGCAUCAAUGAAAACAAACCCAAUUCUGUGAAACAGAAAAAUGCCUUCCCUCCAAACUUCAUCCACUCUCUGGAUUCCUCCCACAUGAUGCUGACGUCCCUGUACUGCUUGAGGGCGGGCAUCACCUACGUGUCGGUACACGACUGCUACUGGACUCAUCCGGCUGAUGUAGAGAUCAUGAAUAAGAUAUGCAGAGAGCAGUUUGUGGCACUUCAUGAACAGCCUGUCCUUGAGGAUCUGUGUCAGUAUCUCCUCCAGAUGUUCAGCAGGGAUGGUGGAUCAGAUUGUGAACCUGAAAUUGCCGAGACAUUCCUUAACUCGGUUUUGGCUGAGGUCCCAUCACGAGGUACAUUUGAUCUGCGGAGUGUGUUGAAGUCAGUCUACUUCUUCAGCUGAGAGCCUGGUGUUCCUCGUGCUGCUGUUGCUAGACAAGUAUAGCCUCUACACCUCGACUGUGAUAUGACCAGGGGAAGUCGUGAAGCAUCUCCUGCAAUGUGCAGUAAAUGAGUAGUGAGAUCAUUGGUUUACUGGCUUGUGUUGUCAUGGAAACAAGGAAGAGUGGCUCUGUCUUGACACGUGACUUACAGGGGAUCUGUGUUCUGUUUCCUUGGCUAGACCGCCUCCGUGGUCUAGUGGUAGAGUGUCCACCCGGAGAGUGGAAAGUCCGAUGUUUGAUUCCCGGCCGCAUCAUACCAAAAGACGUUAAAAGAUGGUACUUGUUGUUACCGCUCGGCAUUAAGGGGCUAAAACAGGACUGGUCGGCUCGGAGUCAGUAUACUGUGUCUGAGUGGGGUAUUCAUGUUAAACUGCAGCAUGGUUUCUCGGUGACCUAGCACUAUAAUUCAGCAUCAGUCCGGACUUGUACAAGCAGCCACACAAACACACACACAUACAUGCAGGUCGCUAUAUAAGUGCAAUAAUCUUGGACGCGACGUUUAACCCCAUUUCACCUCACCUCACCUGUUUCUGUGGCUACUCAGCAAUGUGGAUUGUAUUCUGUUCUGUCAAAAUUGGAGAAACACAGGACAGUCUUCUGUGAUACAAGUUCAAAACCCCCCAGUGUGAUUCAAAUAGCAUUCAGAAUUCUGGAUCCAGUGGACAAAAUGGUCGACAUUUGGGACCCACCACCAUGAAUCUUCGUCUCAUGAAGGAUGCUAUCUUCCUCACAACAGGUUCAGAGUCUGCCCUUCAUGAGAGUUGCAUAAUUGGUGUGUCAGAAUCCUGGUUCGUCCUGAUGAUGUGUCUAGAUUCGUCAGUACCAAACCAAUGCUUGUGGGUUUCACCAAAAAGGCCAACAUCUGAGACCUGCAUCACUUCAGGUCUGAAAUACUAUUCGAAGCGGCAUUAAACCCAACUCACUCAUGCACUGAUGCAGUGUACAGCCUGAAGCUGUGACGCAUGAGAGGAAUACAGACCCCUGAAUGUUCUGCCGUGAUCCAAGUGUCUGCUCAAAUGUUGUUACCACACUGCCUGGUGUAGGACAUCUGUGUUAGUUGUUGUCAAGUGUUCUAAAUUGCGGAGUAGCUACCAAGGACCAAGGCUUGAGCGGACAAAUGUGUGACCUGGGUGAUAGUGUGCCAUCAUAUUCCAACAGUGUGACACCUUCUCAUGCUAUUAAUCACUGGUUUAUCUGGCUCACACUAUGACUGGAAUAUUGCAGACCGAGGAGUAAAACAAUAUUCACUCCCACACUCUCAAUUUGCAAAAGUAAUUAUGUGCCUUUUUGCAUUAUGUACAUGAUUGAAUGCAAAUUUGUUAGAGGUGUGUGAUCAAGUGUUGAAGUCGAAUUUUCUACAAAAAGGAUGAAUGUGACAUUUGUGUGCAAUAUCUGUAUUUUAAUUUGAGGAUUGUAGAAAAAAUGUUUUAUUAAUUGAAUAAGAAAGUGAAUGAUGA